AUGCAAAGGGCGCAUGGGCAGCUGGAAGCCGCCGCAUCGAAGUUGGGCCGCCCUCCGAGGAAGGUGACUCUAAAGGAGUUCCUUCUGGAUCCGAGCUUCGUGCCACCGUUGGUGGAGUACACCGUUGAAGAGACGGACGGGCUGCACCAUGCAAGAGUGGCAAUCGGCGGAACUUUUCAUGCAGGUGCACCUUCAUCUUCGCGCGAGGAGGCGGAGCUGAGUGCGGCUUUGGUGGCCCUGCGCUCGCUUCGAGCGAACAACCGCGACGAGGUGAAGCGCGGACACCAGGACUACAAGGAUGUGGGCGACGAUGGUAAUGAGGCAAAGGAAGGCGUCUGCUUCAUGGAGGCAAUCUUCCGCGUGCCACGUGGGCACAACCUGCGGGUGACGACAAAGAGAGUCGCCGGGGGCAAACAUGCCUCGAAUUUGAAGUGGAUUCAGCAGAACAGCGGAGCGGAGGUUUCGCUCCUGGGUGGGCAAGGCACUGGCAAGCCGCUCUCGGUGAAAGUCUCGGGAGAUGCUCGGCUGCAUCUGGACAUGCAUCUUGCUUGCAGCGAUGAGGCAACAAGCUGCAAGAUUGCUUCCGCAAUGGUCCACGACCUGCUGGCCUUGCUGUGCUUUGCUCGCAAGUGUGCGGCCAGCAUGGACGUCUCGUUACGUCAGACCAAGGCCUGCCAAUGUGCAGACGGGGCGCCAGCAGAGACGGAAGUCUCCUCAGGGAUUUGCUCCGAUGUGAAGCGGAAAACUGCAGCUCGUUUGGCGAUCCUUCCGGCUGAGUUCAGGAUCAAAGCAGGUCAGGUGUUUCUAUGGUCAUAG